CGAAUUAUUAUUUGCUAUUGAGAUUCCGUAGCCGUCGAAGCACCAUGUGGAACUACGCAGUUAUUAGUGCCUUUCUUCUUCAUGUUGUAUGUUGUAGUGAUAACCAGACGUAUACUUUACCUUCAUAUAUUAAGCCUUGCAACAGAUCUGACCCAAACAUUCAUAAGUGUGUAGAAGUCAACAUUGAUGCUUUGAGACCUAAUUUAAAAGAAGGCAUCCCCUCAUUGUUUAUUCCAGCCCUAGACCCACUAAUCAUUCCACCAACUUGUGUAAAUGAAGAGGAUCAAGUAAAAGUCACUUUCAAGGACAUUCAUAUCUACCAUGUUAACGAUUUCACUUUGGACCAGUUCGAUAUCGAUUUGGAGAACCACGAAGUUAAUUUGACUAUUAAUUUCCCAUUGCUAAGGAUCAAAUCUACGUAUAACGUAAACGGAAAAUUCUUGGUGGUCACAUUUGAUAAAAGCGGUCCAGCGGAUGGAAAUUAUACGAAUUUCCGAAUUUACUUGGGACUAAAAGGAACUCCUUACCUUGAAAACGACAAAGAACAUCUUAAAUGGGAGAAGGAAACUAUCAAUACGACAGUAGGUGAAUCGCACGUUAUCUUGGAGAAGCUGUUCGGAAAUCAUACGGAUAUAGCAGACAAGACUAAUAAGGUUCUCAACGAAAAUAUCGAAACUAUUAUCAACGAUCUUCAACCAGUUAUCCAGCGUGUAGUUAGUGAUUUUAUUUUUGGUAUAGUAAACAAAUUGUUUUCAAAUUAUUCAGUGAAAGAAUUAUUUGUGUCUGAUUAAUUUUACUUCUUUACUUACUCUUUAUAUUUUAAUAAAGUUAUAUAUAGUUUUUUUA